GAUCAAAACAAGCUUUGCGCAUGCGCGGUGGACUGUAAUACGACAUGCUUUGUAUGAGUAGCUGUAGCUAACUAAACUUUAUUUUAAAUGGUGUAAAAAUAAGUUCAGGUUUAUACCAGUUGUAUUUCAAAUAUUUGCUUUAACGUGUGAAUGGUUUACACGCAGUUAAAAUACAAAACGUUUACUUUUUGCUACAUAAAUGAGACAACCUGGUGCCAGUGGAAUAGCUAGGUAGCUAGUUAGCUAAUGUCAGAGUAAACAGAUUCAGGUUAGUUAAAUGGAGGCUGUUAUCUGACAGUAAUUUACUAAUUUAGCUGUCCACUAGUUGCAACAUGGGGAAAAAGAAACAGGGCAAGCCUGUGCGCACAUCUGAAAACAGAGGCAAAGAAAAAAGGCAUAAAAUGAAAGGAAAAACCUUGGAGACCUUUACAGAAGAAAUGCACACUGCUUUUGACGCAAGUCAUCACGUAGAGAAGGGAGCAGAGGCCCCUCAGGUUAAACUGCCUUGUCCACUUGCCAUGUGGGAUUUGGGUCACUGUGAUCCCAAGCGCUGUACCGGAAGAAAGUUGGUACGCAAGGGCUUCGUACGAAACCUGCGCCUCAACCAGAGAUUCAAUGGACUCAUACUGAGUCCAAUGGGCACAAAGUAUGUGACCCCAGCAGACAGGGAGAUUGUGGCUCGAAGUGGGCUAGCAGUGAUUGAUUGUUCCUGGGCUAAACUGGAUGAGACUCCCUUCAAUAAAAUGGUCGGAACAUAUCCCAGGUUACUGCCAUACCUCGUAGCUGCAAACCCCGUCAACUACGGCAAGCCUUGCAAGUUGUCCUGUGUUGAGGCUUUCGCUGCAACGUUCUGUAUUGUUGGUUUUGAAGAACUAGCAAUGCUUUUGUUGGAAAAAUUCAAGUGGGGGACAGGGUUCCUGGAUCUGAAUAAAGUUCUGCUGGAGCGCUAUGCUGCAUGCCAGUCAGAGGAAGAGCUGCUGUCUGUGGAAAAAGACUUUCUCACCGCUAAACCAGAGGAGGAUGACUUUGAUCCAUUUGAUGUUAACUCUGGAUUAGUAUGUGGGAAUCUCAACAGACGUGUGUGUGCCCCUGAAGAUGAUGAUUCUAGUGAAGAUACGGACAGCUCAGAGGAGGAAGAAGAAGAGAAUGGAGAAGGUCAAAGCAAGAGUGAGUCAAGAACAGUGUCACAUCAUGAAGAUGAAGAAGAGGAUGGAGAAGGAAAAAGCAAGAAUGAUUCAAGAACAGUGUCACAUGAAGAUGAUGAAGAGGAAGAAACUGAAUAAAAUUCAUGAAAAUAAAGCAUAUUUAAUCUAUG